AUGCGGUGGGAAUCCACUCAGAGGCAUAUGGGAGCCUUGUACGAAAGGAUAUCAGAAAACUACCGAGCUAGCUACGGGGGCGAGGUCGAGGUCGGGGCCGAUACGAGGGCCUUCCGGAGGUUCCGGGCGACUCGAGAUGGAACGAUUCAUGAGGAUCGUUACACACAGAGCAUCGUCGAGGGACAGCAGUCACGUCCAAUUUGUACCUCCACCGCGGAGCACUCCUUUUAUAGUGGCAAUUUACAACGAGCCGCUCACCUAGCCAUUCACGACCCAUCAUGCCGAAGACGCGAUCCGGGAAAGUCCACUCCUUAUCAGCGAUGUCUCACCGGUAGGAUGGCUACCGGCAGAAAGGCCCUUCUGACUGAUGCGACUCCGGUGAGCGUACCUGCCGAGGCCGAUGGCUCAAAUGACAAUGUCGCUCCUCUCAAUAUGGGGCAGCCUGAUAUCGCUCCUGUAGAUAUGUCCCCGGAGUCCGAUGAACGACAAGGGCCACGAGGCAGAGAGUUGUCAUUUACGGAGUGGGGGAACAUGAGCGAUGCAGCCAUCGUCCUGGCGCCGCAUGAGGAAGAGACAGCCGAAGAUGGGGUGCCCUUCGGAGUGGAAACUCUGCCUGAUGCGAUCGACACAGAUACUUCUGGCGCCCAGCUGCAAGGGACGGAAGAACCGGUCAGGACUCCAUUGAACUAUCACGACCAGCCUUCUCCCGAGAGUUCAGAAAGGCAACUUAGUCCACCGCCUGGAACGCAAGCUCCAUCAGCUGAGGAGAUCAUUGACGAAGGCCAAGUUCCGACCCCAAUUCACUUUGUAGAAGCGGUCGUUAUAGUAGAGCCACCUACCGGAAAAGCGGUCGUCGGGACGGAGGCAGCUAUCGAAGUGCGGACGCCUGUGGAAUCGAACAGGGAGAGCAGUCAAGAAGUGGCGAUCAGGGAUUCUCUAGAGCGAACGGUUGGACUUGAAGGCGGAGAAGCGGUGCCUACUCAAGCCAUCCAGGCAUCGCAGGGUAUGAAACUGAUUUGUAAUGUAGACGACCCGAUAGUGCUUGACGACGAUGACGAUGAUGACUACGAUGAUGAUAGUAAUUCGUCUCGAAUAACAGCUCGCCAGAGAUGCCAGAACGAAUAUUCUGGCAUGGUACAAUGGUCAUCGCCCGAAUUUGAGGACGAAGUUAUCACAAGUUUUGAGGAGAAAUGGAUGGAGAUACAGACUUACUGGAUAUACAUGGAUGACAUGCGCAGCCAAGUUGACAGCACGCAAAUUCGUGCUAUGCUUGAUCAAUUCAACGAAGGCCUUGAGGAGGUAUACGAUGACGGCAGCUUGGCUCCAGGGUCUGCAUCGCUCCUCCUAGAGGAACGCGCUCUUUUGUCGACGUAUGAGACGAUUUGGCAGUCUCUUGAGGGAGUUUGA